AUGGAAAGUAGCAGCAAUGGCAGCGGCACUACAAUGAACAAUAAAUUCUCAGUUUUCGAUUUCACGAACGAAGAUGAGAGUACCGAGGCCCACGCUGAGAGACUUAUGGCAAAAUUCAAUAGUAAUACCAAUGAUAAGUAUAAUUUUCUCACGUGCUUUGCAAAAGGUUCCAAGACUCAACAAAAUGAUUAUGGAAAUGAGUUCUUAGUCAUCGAUGUUGAUGACAAUCUUUCAGACGACAGAGGCAUUCAAUUGGAUGGUUCUCUAUCAUCUAGCUCUUCAGACUAUAUAUUAUCGGCUACUUCUCCAGAUCAACUUGAUUUCAAAUGUUAUUCUCAUGGUGCAAAAUCCUGUUCACCAAGAGCCAGACAACCUGGAGACAGCUUAACUGAUAAGAAGCAUACUUGCUCCAACAGUACUCUACUUCAAAGUUUACCUGAUGUUAAGGUACUUGAUGUAGAUUCUGAUGAUGAUCAAAGAAUUGGAUUAAGAUCGUCUUCUUCCAUUGACCCAGCAGAAAAUGAAGGUUCAUUAGAAGAACAACCAUUUGAGUAUGGCAUCGACACAAGUGAUAUUGAAAAAAUGGUGGUUGUCACUCCCAGUUAUGUUAAAUUUGGGAAUACAUAUUAUACAAAGUGUUCGUUGACAUUUUCUUGCAGAUCCGUCAAACUGGAGGGUUCACCCCCAUGGAAGACGAAGGGACAUUGUUGCCAUGAAUGGCCGAUUUCUAAUAUUGUGAACAUCGAACAUGAAUUUUGUGAAAGUGUUAAAGUGGCUGUUGUGACAUUUAACUUAACAUGCAAUGAAGGAAACACAGCUGAAAUUUCUAAUAAAACUGCAGGCACAGUGAAGUUGGAGUUUGUAGUUUCUAAUGACACUCAUUGGUCUGAAAAACUAGAAGAAAUUAAAUCCUUGGAUAUGAUCUAUAAAACCUCCUGGAGCACCGUUGAAAGCGAAUAUAGUUCCAUCGAGCCCUUUGAAGACCUAAUAUAUCCAGAUAGGGAUCCGGAUGCUAUCUCCAUAUGCAGUAGAGAUCUUGAGGUUUUGCGGCCAAAGACAUUCAUCAAUGAUACUAUCAUUGACUUCUAUAUUAAAUAUCUUGCGAACAAAACCAAUCCAGAGGAGCAGCAUAGGUUCUAUUUUUUCAACACUUUCUUCUUUCAGAAGCUGGCUUGUCUGGAUCGAGGUUCAUCUCGAACCUGGGAAGGCAGAGAAGCUUUUCAACGUGUUCGUAAAUGGACAAGGAAUGUAGACAUUUUUGAAAAAGAUUUUAUAUUUAUUCCUGUUAACUCUAGUCUUCAUUGGAGUUUGAUUGUCAUCUGUCACCCUGGGGAAGUGGAAAAUUUAAGAGAUGAAGAAAUGGGCGAGUUGUAUAAGAAACCGUGCAUUUUACAUAUGGAUUCCAUAAAAGGAAGCCAUAGUGGACUGCAGAAUCUCAUUCGAGGUUACUUGUGGGAAGAAUGGAAAGACAGACACUGUGAACUGGCAGAAGAUAUUUCAGCGAAGUUCUUCAAUUUGCAGUUUGUCGCACUUGAGCUUCCACAGCAGGAAAACUUGUUCGAUUGUGGCCUUUUCUUGCUUCACUAUGCAGAACUUUUUCUAGAGCAGGUUCCCAGUAACUUCAGCCUAACAACCCUAAACGAAUGUCCAAACUUUCUAAAAAAGAACUGGUUCCCACCUGACGAGGUGUCUCUUAGAAAGCGUGAUCAUAUCCGAAAGUUGAUCUGUAAAAUUGUGAGAGAUAAUGCCAAGAAAGAUGCUCCAUCUGUUACUAACCAAAAUGGUCCAUCAAGAGAAUCAAUAGGUUCCAUUAUGAGGGGGCAGCAAACUUUCGGAGGAUCAAAGUUUGUUUAUGGAGAUUCUAUGCGUCAAAGUAUACUUCAAAUGGCGUCAAUCGAACAGUACACCAAUCCCACAUUUCCAAUUGAGGGUACAUUAGAGGAGAAAGUUGCCCCACUGGAAGACGAAGCAAACAGCCAUGAAGACACUAAAUCUUUGACCCUCCUGACUUCACCUAGUAGUCUGAGAGUGGUGGAGACGAAGUGUUCCUUGGAAACUUCAAGAAAUUCUGGUGGUGCGUUUCGAAUCGUAAUUGAUGAACAGACUGAGGAAGAUCGUGUCCCAGAAGUCGCAUCCAAUUCUGGAAACGAGGACAACUUUGAGUACUCUUCCAUGUCCUUUGCGGAACUUGCUGCAUGUGUUGUUGAGGAUUCUGAGGACGAAACUGAGAGACAAGACAUCAGUAACACUAGGAAUCCUCCUUCCUGCAGAGAUAAAUUUCCUGCCUCGUACUAUCGAGAAGCUGAGUCCACCACUAGGAGAAGUCACAGAAUGAAUCGGGAGCAAUUUAUAUCGGCAACAGAACAAAAUAAAUCUGCAAAAAAACCUAGAAGCUCGUCUCAUUCUGAAGAACAGCCUGAAAUAACCAUAUUGUAA